UCAGAAUGUCUCGCACCUGAGCCUCUGGCGUGCCUCUGGCAUGGGCCGUGCCUGCUUCGUGUGGGCUUUACUGCUCGGAGCUGCUGACCAGAUGUGGAAUGCAUUCUCCGACUUCGACUGUGUUUCACUUGUCCCGACGGGGGGUUGGGCUUGCCGUCCUGGUCAGCACAGCGUUUGGCACUUCCACCACAGAAGAAGUGGCAAACACUACCAGCACCACUUCAGUUCCUGAGUUCUCAUACUAUGUUGGGGAUUGGGCAGCUUGCUCGACGACUUGUGCAAUUGGAAACCGGUUGAGAGAGGUAUUUUGCUACAGGACAUGCUCAAUUCCUCGUUCAUGCACAUCAGGAGUCACAGACUUCCACUGUACAAACAUUGAGAAACCAAGCAGUUCAGAGCUAUGCUACGGCGCCGAACCAUUUUGUCCUGCCACGACCACCAUCACAUCUUCCAUAAGUAUCACCAGAACAGCGACCACUUCAACUGCCACUGUAGUGACAAAAACUACCACACGAGGAGUACGGGAUGGCUGGGAAUGCGUUCCGCUGGAAACAAACGACUGCGUUCCUGCACAGAUAGCAGCAUCUCAGUGUGGUGCGCACUGUUCAUGUUGCAGAAGGAGCACUACGCAGGCUCCUUUUAUUCCUACCCGCACCACAACAACGGCCCCCCCAUCAGAUGACUCAUAUGGUUUGCUGAUUGCUGUCCUUGUUGGGUUGGUGCUGACGGCUGCCUGUUUCAUUGUCGUUUUUGCUGUCGUUGGGUGGCGCUACUACAAUAGCAAGCCGAAAUUAAAGCAGAAGCGGAGCGAGCGGAGUGCUCACAAUACCCAUCCUAACCAUGGACAAGCCCAAACUUAUGGAGCGUCGACUGGCCACAGAUCCGACAGGAUCCAUCCAGACGAACCAGAAAAGACAGUUUUUGACAGGAAGCUUGGAAGAGGGGUUGCUUCUGCUGCUCCAGGCGGGUUCUAUGACGGGCCUCCAGACUGGAUGGAUGAGGAAGCUGGUAUGUCCUCCAAGACGCCAAGUCCUCGCAGCGCAUACAGCAGGGCAUUCAGCCACAGCGCUUUUGGGGCUGACAAAGAUGAGUCAGCAAAGUCCAGCCCAAGCAGACGCAGAAGGCAAGAAACAGAGCAAGACAGGCCUGAAGAAAGGCCAAGUCCGACUGCGCCUUCAGGGACCUUGCCACCUGGGUACGCAUCAGCGGCCCGCCGGAACCGACGAGAAGGAAAGGAACCUCCCGAUGUUGGGGCCGAGCCAGAGCAACCUCAAGACAUUCCGGGACAGGCAAGAGGAGACGGAGAAGUAGGGGGAACAAACAAAGGCAGUUCUCAGACACAAGGCAAAAAAAGUGCAGCGCCGCCAAGCGAGGACUCCAAGCCUGGCCCCGCUUCCAGCUCUAAAGGAGGCGACAGCAAGUCCAACAAGGAUUCGCCCCGCGGUGCUGAGAAUGCAUCCAGGAGCAAAAGCGGAGCCGCCAGUGGUGCGAGAGAUGGCCCAAGCACCGACCCUCGCGUUGCGGCCGAUACAGCAGCAGCUCCGGAGGCCGGAGACCUUAUCGCGAAGGUGGACCAUGAAUUGGACCAGUCUCAAUGCAAGGACUUGGAGACUCGGCGACGCAUCUUCAAGAAUCUCAUCCUGAAGUGGCACCCGGACAAAAAUCAGGAAGAGGUGCUCGCCACAGAGGUUUUUCGCCAUCUUAUGGCACGACGCGGGAGAUACUUAGAGGCAUGAGAAGAUGCAGCGCGAGGUAGUAUCCGGCUGUACGAUUCGCAUGUUUGAAGCAAAUGUCCUUCAGAGUCUGUGGAAAAAACACGCUCUGAUGACACUGUAUAUAGUGGCCAGCCCUGAGCUCCUAACACGGUGCAGCUUGCAGUGGCGUGCGCAUCAAACUUGAGACCAGAUGUGUAAGCAUGAUGGUCUUAUUCAUUGUCUCCAGUUAAAGAAACAUACUUUGCUAAGAUCAUCAACGGAGAGUAAAGAAUUUGUAUAUAAAUACAUGUAUUGAGUUGCAUUGUUAUGCUAUGUCAUGCUAUUUGCAGAGCAUUUUGUUCAGUCAUCGGAGCGGCUGUUAUUGAAGGGACUCAUCUUGAACCUGUAAAGUCGAACGAUGGUGCUAGGAUCCAGUAUGUGUUUGAAAUGGGUACAGGACAGAGAGUGUUUGUGGACCAAACUCCCAUCAAGGCAUUGUGCUUCGCCCAAUGAUUGACCAUGAC